AUGCUCGCUUGCAUCCUCGACGACAAUGUACAUCCAGGGCAUGGAUAUGCUCUACUCCUACAUUUUCCUCUAAAGUGUGAUUGUGAGUCUAAUAAUGUUGUUGAAGCGCAGAUACAAUAUCGCACCUUUCGAGAAGGCGAUGGAGAGUUGAUCAGAUUUCAUCGCCUACUCAAGCUUGGCCCGGAUCAGAUUUGCCGCUUAGAAAAUACUAGGGACGAGGUUGAUGAUGUAUGGGCAGUUAUUCUUUAUGAUGCCCUCCACUACCUCCUUCUGGUCUCAACUGAGAGAUCUUCAUGCAAGGUGCAAAAAAUUACGGACUUCUCCCUUUGCGUGUUGCUGUCACCUUGGUGCCAGGCUGUUGCGAUUAGCAGGCAAUUCAAGGGAAUGGAGAUGGGUAGGUUGAUGGCCUGGCAAAGUUGUGAACAUUUCAAUCCCUACCAUGGAAUAAUAGCAGGGCAGAUCUGGUCAGUUGAAUCUUUUGCUAGAAUAGGGAGAACAUCUGUAGGAUGUAAAUUUCUGUCUUCAAUUACCUCUCAUGUUGCAAUAGACAAACCCCUUCCCACUCUCAAACACAUCCCCCCUCAGGAAACUAAACAGAUGAUCCACAGCCAGGCCAGGGAACAUGAGCGUAGCAACAAGAAUACCAUUACCCACGCAUACAGAUGCUACUCUCGCGCACAUCCUCCACCUGGCUACUCAUACACGAACCGAAAAUCCAACUCUUUCAUCACGACGCAUCAGACAGCUCGAUCGCUCGCCCUGCCUAGCUCUCAGCCAAUGAAACGGGAAUCAAAGCAACUAUCUGGCGCAAACAACCGCAGCAGCAACAAGCCAUCCCCAAAAAGGGACCGGACAGGAAAACAACGUGCUCAUGCGUGGAGUACGCUACUUAGCUCAUCUCAUGAACCGUUAAUAUCGACAUGA